UUGUUCUGAGCUUUGUAUGAGGGUAACGUUUUGAGAUAAUAAGAAACAUAAAUUCUUCAUAUUUUAUCUCUUUUCACAAUUAUCUCAUUCCCUUUCACAAGCCAAGAACAUGACUCAAGUCACUAUGGAAGAAGUAUGGAAAGAUAUCAACCUUGCUUCGCUUCACCCACAUCGCCAGCUAAACAUUGAUCAUGAGCCAGUGUUGAGUAACCAAACCCCUAAUAAAUCCAUCUUCCAAGAUUUCCUCAACAAGCCUUUGAAUCAGGAACCACCACCUUCGUCUUCCUCCACUCACCACGGCUCUCUUCUUGCUCCUCCUGCAACUGUUAUAAGCUUGAACACUCACUUCAUUGAUACCCACUUUGAUGAAUCUGCGAUGUUUGGUUGCUUUGGGAAGAAAAGAGGCCAAGAUUCUGAUGAUAGCAGAGGAGACAGAAGGCAUAACCGUAUGACAAAGAACAGAGAAUCUGCUGCUCGUUCCAGAGCUAGGAAACAGGCAUAUAUAAACGAGCUGGAGCUUGAAAUCGUUCACUUGAAGAAGGAAAAUGCAAGACUCAAGAGACAAGAAGAGCAGAUGCAGUUGAAAAUGGCUGAAGCAACUCAACACCAAACAAAGAAAAUACUUCAACGGUCUUGGACAUCUCCUUUUUGAGAAAAUCAACAACUCAUCAUGGUGCAGAGAAGCAAGAAAAGAUCUGUACAUUUUUACCUAAGGUAAACCUGGCGAUAUAGUAUUUUAGGGAGUGUAGAAAUGUAUCAAGAGAGAAAAAAAACUUCUGAAUUAUGUACUGUUUUCUACUUAAUCUACGCUCUAGUGCAAAUCACAGUAACAUAUGAGGUUCUGUUGUCACUUUUCACUGUUAAUGUUUCAUUACUGCACUGUAAUACUUGUUCACUAUCAGUUGUUGACUUCUUCUUCUUGUGUA